AUGAAUCAGGCAAGGCUUCCUGAAUUCGUACAAGGCUCAAGUUGGAACUCGUGGCGUGAACGCCUAGAAUUUCUCUUCGAGGCGAAUAACGUGCAGGACGCAGCUAAGAAAAGGGCUCUGUUGUUCACGUUUUGCGGCGAACAGACCUACGACAAGGUGCGAGACUUGCUGCAUCCGCUCACACCGGCGCAAGUUCCGUAUGACGACAUAAUCGAACGUCUGAGCAGCCAUUUUGAAACAGGUCCUUCUGAACUUCUAGGGCGCUGGCGUUUUCACAAAAGGGAUCAACUUCCUCAAGAGACAAUCUCUGAAUAUGUCGACGCUUUGAGAGCUCUAGCUAAAGACUGCAAUUUCGGUAAUGUUGCCGUUCCAUUACCGCUACCACUUCCACCAACCACACGAUCGCCUGCCACGGCGCACGGUGAUUCCCCAGCGACCCAAACUGCAACCAUGGCUUCAGCGAUCGCUUCACCGUCACAAGCAACGGUCUCACAGGCUCCGACGACCGCUGUUCCGGCUUCGGCGAAAAUAAUUUUACCCUUGGAAGUGAUGCUACGAGACAGAUUCAUCUGUGGUCUGAGGGAGGUGCACCUGCAACAGCGUCUACUCUCCGAAAGGAAUAUCACAUUCCAAAUGGCGGUCGCCACUGCGAAAGCCAUGGAAUCCACGGUUUCACAACAGGCAAGCAUGCGCAGCAGGGAAGAAAACAAAGUACUUCAAACUUCAGCAACCAGAAGCCCAAAGAAGAAUAAGCUCCCUAAGCCGUCCAAAAAGUGCUGCCGUUGUGACGGUGCGCACAACCAGAAAAGCUGCCCUCACCGAAAUUCCACAUGCGAGUUCUGCAAGAAACUGGGGCAUAUUGAAAAAGCAUGCAUAACGAAGAAAAAGAAGCAGGCUUCCGGCACGCGCUCAUCUGGACGUCAACAAGCGAAUAGUCUAACUGCCGACGAAGCAGAUUCGUGGAACAGCUUAUUCACGGUCAACUCCAUGAGCCAAUCGACUGAAAGCUUAACCGUAUGGGUUACGGUAAACGAACGCCCUUGCUGCUUCGAAGUCGAUUCCGGUGCAUCAUUUUCAAUAAUGAGUGAGAACACCUUCAACCAGCAAUGGGACAGCAACAGACCACGUCUACUGAAAGCAGCAUUGAAAUUGAGGACGUGGACCGGCACACCGCUUCAAGUCCGGGGCAAAGCACGAGUCACCGUUCAGCUACACAGGAAGCAAGCAAAACUCGAUCUGUACAUCGUCGCGGGAAGUGGAACAAGCCUCCUAGGUCGAGACUGGUUUGAGCCACUGGGAAUUUCACUGUCUGGCAUUCACCGAGUCACGGAGUCACAGUGCCAACCACUACUCGAUCAGUUCAGCAGCCUUUUUAAUGGCAAUAUAUCAGGCCAUGUAGGCGACCCUAUACACAUCGAGCUGCAGCCAAACGCAGUCCCUAGGUUCUUGAAGUCCCGCACAGUGCCACUGGCAUUGAGGACAGCAGUCGACAAAGAGUUAGACAAGUUAAAAGAACAAGGCAUUCUGAAACCCGUUUCUUCUUCGACAUGGCUACGCCGCUAG